AUGCAUUUUCUUGGGUAUUUGUUAUUAACAUUGAAUCUGUGUUAUGUAGCUCGUGGAGAGUCCAGACCAGCAAGCGUGGCGAAAGGACAAACGAAUUUGAAAGAGAGGUUUAAACCCUAUGAACAGUAUGCUAAGAACACUACUAUAGUUGCAGAUAACAUGCUGGACAUUUGUUAUAAAGAAGUGCCAACACGAAACGAUGCUAGGAGGGCUACGAUGGCGUAUUUCGAUAUCAAAACAUAUUUAAAAGGAGUCAAAAACACGUUAACAAAACUGGGUCAUAUUUUGAAAGACAUGGUAGAGUCACAACACGCCAAAAAAACCUCAAAUGAAGCUUUUGAGAAAGCCGGAACCGGCGAAUUUCAGAUUAUUUCAAAGGAAUCAGUUAUUUCCAUUUUAAAAUCUACCGCUGAUAUUUUGAAUGCCCUACUUAAGAAUGAUGGUGCUCUUUAUUUUCAUCAGUUGUAUUCGUACACAAAUAGCUGUCAUGAGAUCUUCAAGGAGGUAACUCUUGACAAAUUCUUCAAAAGCGUAUCGUUUGACGUAAAUGAAGACAAGGAACUUACUGAUAAAGUUCAGGAUUUGAUCUCGACCUUACACAAGGACCCACCUACACUUGACACAUCAAUAGGUGAGAAAUGUGUACUACGUUUCGCUGAGGGCUUGUGGACCGGAUAUAGAAGAACAGUAGAAGUGAUAGCUCGUGCAAUUCAACGGGGUUCACAGCAAAGUGAUGGUGGUGAAGCUAAAGAGCAAGCUAAUCCAGAAGUCGAUCAGAUUCAGCCGACCCAAGUUGAAGAUUUUUUCAAAUUCAUAGAAUUCAUAAUUGAUCUCAAAGCACCCAAUGAGCCGCCAGCAUUAGAAAAGAAGGAAAAUGAAAUAUUGCCUGAGAAGCGUCCGUAAUUGAGACAAUUAUGGGUUACAUAUGGGCAUGUUAUGCAUCAAAGGCUAACCAUUAAACAUUUUCUAG